AGCAUGUUAUCUUAUGGGAGUAUCGGUUACCUGUGCCAGUGUGUGUGUUUCCGAAGUCUCAAAGCCAGCAGAGGCGAUCCAGCUGGAGCUAUUGAAAGCAGAGAGUCAUGGAUGAGGAGGCUCAAGAAGACAGCGAGUGUCCGGUGUGUUACGAGAGUCUCACGGACAGUGCCAGGACGCUCAGCUGCGGGCAUCACUUCUGCCAUGACUGCUUAGUGCGAACCCUGGUGAACACCAACCAGAACGGCUCCAAUAAACGGGAUACUAUCAUCUGUCCUGUCUGCAGACACCUGACAUUCAUCACAAAGCACCACGGAUUGACAUUUUCCCCGGCUGAGGGCAAAAGGAUCGGAAGGACACUGGAAGUGCCACCCGUCCCCACUCCUGUGUUCCCAAGGAAUUCUGGUCACAGUUCUCACAGUGGAGGUCUCGGCUGUGUCGGCAGGUGUCUAAGGAGGAUUUCAUGUAGACUAUGUAGACGAAUACUCGUCUGUCCUAAAGACGCAGAGGUGUUUAUCAUAAGUGAGUCGGGUCGACCCAUGACAGAAGGGGAUGUUAUUGACAUUGGGAUAGCUUCAGGCUGGCAGAGGGACUAUGGCAGUAAUGGACCGAGACUUUGCACCAUCUCCUGUUGCCUUCUGGUCUUGAUGAUCACUUUCACCUUAUUGGCACUGGUGGCUGCCACACUUCCAUGGGUUCUGCUGGCAUAAAGGCUCCAGAACUGUUACCUCGUGUACGAUCAAACGCUUUAAGAUCAGUAUAUAUUAUUAUUAAGCCACGCUUUCUGAAAAAGAGAUGCGUUGGACUCAGUCGCAAUGAAUGUUUUAUGAAGAACAGACGGUUAUUGUGAGAUCGUUUCCAAGGCUUGUUCUGACAUGUCUUGGAGGGAGGCAAUGCUGGAGGAGAUUUAAUUACAAAAACAAAGUCAUUGUAUAGUAUUACUUAAUGGAUAAACAAGUAUUUUGUUCUGGAUCUGAAUCUACAAAGGUGGUUCCCUUGAGUUACUGAGGAGACGGGAGACGUUUAAACCUCGAGAAGCAACGAUGAGAUUGUCGUCUGGAUGUCAUUUGAUCUCGGAGAAAGAAAGACUGUGGGAUUCAGUUACAGCUACCGUGGACACAGCAGGGUUGAGAAUGGAGAAAAGGGAAGGGUGUGAUGAUGAGGCUUUACUUUGAGCUUUUCUCGACUGCUUGCAAUGCCUGUAAGGAAUGAUACACACCCUCAUUUGUCCAGAAAUUCUUGUAACGCGGGUUAGCGCUUAGAUCCAGCCAUGACAUGACUGAUACCGCACAUUCUGUACAAGUUAUCAG